AUGAUACGAAACCAAUGGAGUGGUAUUGUAGAGGAGCCCGGUGAUUUGCGACCAGUUCGCCAUCCACGUAUCGACGUUGCCAACCCUAAAUUCCGGUCUUACGUGGAUCUACGACCACCUAUCCUCAGCUAUAGCCGAGUGGUCCGGUACACACCUAUUACUAUCAAUGAGGAGGAGCUCAUCCUUCAUUACAAUGUUGACAGUGAGUGUUUUUACUUGGACACGAGAGGCAUCGAGGAGUUAUUCCAUGCCGAGCACUACUCGAACUACUUUGGGCAGCAGGGCGCUACUGACAUACCACUAUUCCGCAUGAAGUUUAUUGACGGACCCCACGACAAGGUGGAUGUCCUCUUGGUGGUUUCGGUAGGCAGCGGAAUGCAGGGCUCCACGGCAGAAGGCUUCAACGCCACUUUACGAGCGGUGAUGGCGAACUUGGCAAAUUUGGAAGAGUCUGGGAAAGUGAAAUGGGAUAGGGUUGUAUUGUGCAUCGUAGUGAAUGGUCGUGAGGAGUUCGAGAGGUUAGAGAGGGACGGUUCGACGUCAGUGUUGGGGGAACUGGAGAAAAUGGGGGUGUACCAUCGUCCAGGAGAGUUAUGGGAAGAAGAUGGAGAGAUGGAGAAGGCUGGGAGGAUCAAUCUGGAGGAUCGUCUUUCUUACGAUGAAGGGCUAUUGACAGUAGACGGCGGUCUACCUGUCCACAUGCAUCUCUAUGAGGCUACUAUCAUGAUGUUGGGAGGGCACUUCCCGCCAGUGCGUAUCGCCCUUUGUGUUAAGGAGUCACCGGACCAAGGCUCCGCUGGUGAGUUGGGAGAGAGCCUAGUCAUGCUUCCUGAUCCAUGCUCGUUUAGGUGCGCUCAUAACGUCACGACUGUCUUGUCAUCUAUGGGCCAUUAUGGGAGUUGCUCGGCACUUGAGUAA